AUGGCGUCAGGCACCCCCUCCGCCACGGCAAAGGCGCAAACCGACGCCGACGCCAACGGCCCCAGCUUUGAGUCGAUCGGCAUCAAGAACAACAGUAUCAUUCAAAAGUCCGGGGUAUCAUUAUCGCAGCAGCAGAAGGUCUUGGUCGGCAGUGUGCUGGAUCUCUUUGAGGGUAACCCGACGCUGAAGCACUUAUCCCUGUGGUCCAAGACGGCCACUUUCCAGGAUAACAUCACCGUGGCCGAGGGGUACGACAAGUUCGCCGCGCAAUGGUACGGUCUCCCGGCCCUCUUCAACCCCAUCCAGAUCCAGUCGCACACCGUCACGUCAGCCGGUAACCCGAUUGAGCUGGAGUUGAAGAACAAGUACACCGUCAAGGGCAUCAAGACGGAGCAAACCAUGGAGAGCGUAGUUCAGAUCCAGGUCGGUGACGACGGCAAGAUCGUAAAGGUCAGCGACAGGUGGAACAAUAAUCUUCCCGAGGGGGCCUUCUCCCAGGUACGUAACGCUCUCCAUGUCUCCGUUGUCAAAGCCGCCAAGACGCUUGCGUGGAUUCUGGGACAGACGGGCGUGGCUGUGUUUUGUCGAGUCUCGCUGUGGCGGCCCUUUUGGGCCCUCCGCAAACUCAAUGCUGUUACCGUGCCGGUGUUUGUCAAGGUUCCUAAGACGGAGGAGGAGGACCAAAAGUUGAAGGCGGAGCGCGAGAAGCAGUAA